AAUAUAUGUAGUAUUUAUUCUAUAUCUACCUCUUCUACUUUAACAAUAUUUUCAUUUGAAUUAAGUUCUCAUUUUUAAAUUGUGUUAUACCUAAAAUACCUUCAGUAAUUUAUUGGAAAACAAAAAUGUCCAUUAAGUUAACUAGUUUAGUGAUUUUGGCUGCUAUAACCACAGAUAUUGUGUUCAGUGCCCCAACACCCUCAGACACAAAUACUGAGACAAAUUCUGAAUGCAAUUUGAUAACACAACUCAUAGAUAGCAAAUACCCACUGACUGACCCAAUAGUGUUGCCUGAUGGCAGUGUCAAAUACCGCAUAGCUAUUAUCAGUGACUUGGAUGGCAACUCGGUGAGCCCAAACAUGGCUUUAACGUGGAUCAGUUACUUCAAAAAGGGGUAUUUGACUUAUAAUUCAGCCACCAAAAAUGUCUUGAUUGAAUGGGAUUCCACGAAUAACGGUCAUCAAUUCAAAUCGAAUUUGGCAACGAGUGGACGAGGCUUAGAGCUAUCAGAAUUGGUUACCUAUAAUGGUAAUUUAAUAACACUCGACGACAAAACUGGUUUGGUUUAUAUAAUCGAUGACAAUGCUUUGAUACCUUGGGUAUUGGUUGUUAAUGGCAAUGGACGAAAAACAAAAGUAAUGAAGAACGAAUGGGCUACAGUCAAGGACUCGAAACUCUACGUGGGCUCGCAUGGAAAAGAAAUGGUGUCAUCCGAUGGACUGACAGUCACCGAUCGUGGAUUAAUGUGGGUGAAGAUCAUCGACAAGGCUGGUGGUGUACAGCACUUAAACUGGACGGAAAACUUCGUCAAAGUCCGGGCGGCUAUCGAUAUACACUUCCCAGGGUACAUGACUCACGAGGCAGUUGUUUGGAGUGACAUCCAUCAACGCUGGUUCUUUUUGCCAAGAAAGGCUUCUAUAGAUCCAUUCGACCAGUCGACUGAUGAACAAAAGGCAACAAACGUACUGUUGUCCGCCACACCGGCUUUUGAUGACAUUAAGGUGGUACGCAUUGGCCAACUGGUACAUAACCACGGUUACGCAAGUUUUAAAUUUAUUCCUGGAACUAAUCACAGCGUGAUUGCCGCCAUCAGUACACUAGAAGAAGGCGACACCACAGCCACAUUUAUAACCGUGUUCACCAUCGAUGGACAGAUUAUUUUCCCGGAAACCAAAGUUUCUGAUCUUAAAUUUGAAGGAUUCGAAUUUAUAUAAAUUUAUUUUUAUAUAAUAUUAAUCAAUUACAUUUGUUUUUGAAAUAUACAAUUUAUAUGAAUACACAA